AUGGGAGCAUUAUUUGGUCAACGCGGACAUGAGUGGACAAAGAGGUUGACAUCAGGCCAAACUUUUACAGACAAGUGUAUCAAGGGGAUGACUGAAGAAGUCAACAAAGCAAGCAGUCAUAAUGUUUACCAGUUUGACCGGGAGAGGUUCUAUUUUAUGGUGGCCGAAAGAAUAAACCGCAACGAUGGUCGUCCAACUGAUACUUACGGUGUUGAUCUGCGAAAGCGAACAUGUGAUUGUGGAAAAUUUCAAGCGUUCCAUUUGCCUUGCUCACAUGUGAUUGCAGCAUGUGAAAGUAUACGCCAAGACUACACCAUUCACAUACCCGACGUGUUCAAGAUACAACAUGUUUUUAAAGUCUACCAACAAAGCUUCCAGAUCCUCCCACAUCAAGACAAUUGGCCUCAAUAUAGAGGGCCUACUCUUUGUCAUGACGAAACUAUGCGUAGGAAAAAAAGAGGCCGCCCUAACAGUACUCGGAUUCGAACCGAAAUGGACGACGUGGAAAAGGAAAAGAGAAUGUGUGGGAUAUGCCGUGAAGUAGGCCAUAUCCGAAGUAAAUGUACAAAUGUAUCAGGCCUGUCCAAUAGGCCUCCUUAA